GUCACUCACGUUGGAGCCCCGGCCGCUGCUGCUGCUGCUGCUGCUGAUGCUGCCAGCUCUGGCUCUGGAUCACCUGCCCGGCGGCGGCGGCAGCGGCGGCGGCGGGGCAGGGGCAGGGGCUUCCUGGGCUCCCCGCCGGUGGUGCCAGCCCGGGCGCCUUCCUCUUCUUCCUCUUCCUCGGCCGCCAGCGCCGCCAGCCGCGGGUAUAUGGAGAGGAGCUCGCUGCGGCAGCUCAUCCAGGAGCAGCUUGAUCCCAAAAACACCGGUUUCGUUGGGGUGGAGACCUUUGCCAGCCUGGUCCACAGCCAUGAACUCCCUCUGGAUCCUGCAAAACUGGAGAUGUUGGUGGCCUUGGCACAAAGCAACGAUGAGGGUCAGAUCUGCUAUCAGGAGCUGGUAGAUCUGGUCAGUGGCAUCAGCAGCAAACGUUCCAGCAGCUUCAAGCGGGCCAUCGCCAAUGGACAGAGGGCCCUGCCUCAGGAUGGCCUCCUGGAUGAGACUGGGCUGGGCUUCUACAAACGCUUUGUGCGCUACGUGGCGUACGAGAUCCUCCCGUGUGAGAUGCACCGACGGUGGUACUUCUACCAGCACCGUGCCUGUCCUCCACCGGUCUUCAUGGCUGUGGUCACACUCACCCAGAUCAUUGUUUUCCUUUGCUAUGGAGCACGGCUGAAUAAGUGGGUGUUACAGACCUACCAUCCAGAAUACAUGAAAAGCCCUUUGGUCUACCAUCCUGGACAUCGUGCCCGGGCCUGGAGGUUUCUCACAUACAUGUUCAUGCAUGUAGGGUUAGAACAGCUGGGGUUCAACGCGCUCCUGCAGCUGAUGAUCGGGGUACCCCUGGAGAUGGUCCAUGGUGUUCUUCGCAUCAGCUUUCUCUACCUCGCAGGAGUCCUGGCAGGUUCACUGACCGUUUCCAUCACCGACAUGAGAGCCCCCCUGGUUGGAGGUUCGGGGGGCGUCUACGCCCUCUGCUCAGCUCACCUGGCCAACGUCGUCAUGAAUUGGGCUGGGAUGCGUUGUCCCUAUAAACUCCUCCGUAUGGUGCUGGCAUUGGUGUGCAUGAGUUCCGAAGUGGGCCGGGCCGUCUGGCUGCGUUUCUCCCCGCCGUUGCCCUCCGCCGGUCCCCAGCCCAGUUUCAUGGCCCACUUGGCGGGGGCCAUUGUGGGCAUCAGUAUGGGGCUGACCAUCCUUCGCAGCUACGAGGAAAACCUGCAGGAUCAGUGCGGGUGGUGGGUGGUGCUCCUCUCCUACGCCACCUUCCUGGUUUUUGCUGUCUUCUGGAACAUCUUCGCCUACGACCUUCUGGGGACGCAGAUCCCGCUGCCCCCGUAGCCCUCGGCCCGGCCCUGGUUCUCUUGGCAUCUGGCUGACCCUGGAAGGGCUCUAAACCUUGCAGGGUUUCAAAAUCGGGUGGGGGGGGAAAAGGGGCUGGGCUGACUGACACCCUCGAGAGGGGUGAUCCGGAGCGUGCCACGCCUCGCCUGGCAUGGCAGAGCACCGAUCCCGUCGGAUGCGGGAAAAGCAAAGCCAGGCUAGAAGCUGGCGGAGGCAGCAGGAAGGCUGGGAGGUGGGUUGGUGAGCUCAGGGUGGGUGGGCUCGGCAUCCUCCGUGCCCCUGACCGCAUCUGCAGAACGGGUGCUUGUCUCCCCGAGAAGAAACAAACAAACAAAUCUUUCGGAGUGUGCACUGGGUUACUCUUUUCAAGGCAUGAGGAUCUAUAGGGUUUGGAGGGGGAGGAUGGAGGUUCCUGCCCCUACUAUCAUCUUGGCCAUUUGAGGGAAGGAGGCUUUCCCAGCGAAGCCCAGGCUGUGUCCAGCCUUGGUGACCCGCUUCCGUGGCAAGGCUGUGCCUUCAGCUGAUUCCCUGGGGUGAUGGUUAUUGGGCUGAAUUGUUUCCUUUGCCUUCUCCUCUCCUUCCCAUUCGCCUUGUCUCUUCUCCUCUUUCCCCUGUCCUCCUCUUCUCCUCCUCCUCUUCCUCCUUCUUCCUUUUCUGAUUCUACAGUCCUCCUUGUCUCCCUUCUCUUCUUCCUCCUCCUUUUUCGUCUCUUAGUCUCCCUUCUCCUGUCCUCUUCCUCUUCCUCCCCAUCUCUCUCUUUCUCCUUGUCUUCUUUCUUCUACUGCUUUUUCUUCUCCUUGUCUCUCUUCUCCUGUCCUCUUCCUCCUCAUCCUCUCUUUCUCCUUGACUUCUUUCUUCUCCUCCUUUUCCUUCUCCUUGUCUCUCUUCUUCUGUUCUCUUCCUCCUCAUCUCUCUCUUUCUCCUUGUCUUCUUUCUUCUUCUCCUUUUUCUUCUCCUUGUCUCUCUUCUCCUGUCCUCUUCUUCCUCAUCUCUCUCUUUCUCCUUGUCUUCUUUCUUCUCCUUCUUUUUCUUCUCCUGGUCUCCCUUCUUCUGUCCUCUUCCUCCUCAUCUCUCACUUCCUCCUUGUCUUCUUUCUUUUCCUCCUUUUUCUUCUCCUUGUCUCUCUUCUCCUUGUCUCUCUUCUUCUGUCCUCUUCCUCCUCACCUCUCUCCUCCUUGUCUCCCUUCUCUUCUGUCCUCUUCCUCCUUCUCCUUCUCCCUUCCCUUCUUGAUCAAAGUCUCAGCUUGGGCUCUCCAGAUCUCUAAGGAGAACUGAGAGGAACCCCUGUCUGCAACCCUAACUCAGAAAUCAUGGGUCAACACAUGGUAUCCAAUAUUUCCAAGCUUGUUCCAUAGCUUGAUUUAGCAUGAGGACACUUCUGGGAUUAGCUCAUGGUCUCCACAGUUCUGGCUCUAAAGUGGCUUCUCCAAUGGGCAUCUCAUCUGUUGAAAGGCCUCCGGUUCCGGUCCUUGCCCCACCCAACCUCAUCAUGCCCUUGUCCCCCCCCCUGCAAAUCUCACCAUGGAGGCCAUCAGCAAACCAUCUGUACGAUCCUGACGGAAUCGUGACCGAGCAAUUGUUCCCGUGCAGGCUAAGAGUUUGGCUGGUGUCGCCUGCUUUCACAAUCAGGGUUUAGUCACAUCAGGGAUAGCCAAUUUCUAGAUUUUUUUUCCCCACCAGGGGGGAUGAUGGAUGUUGUGUGUGUGUAUAGAUGGGGCGGGCGAUAAUUCUCCGAGCAGUUGGAAAGGAGCGUGUCUAAAGUGUUAUUUAUAUUUAUUUAUUUAUUUUCCCCUAUGAAUUCUCCCCUUAUUGACAAUCUGGCUUUAAAAAAAAAAUGAAAGAAAGCACAAGCACUUUGUUGGCGGUGGAUGGAGAGGCUCAAGUGGCUAAGACGCUGAGCUUGUCGUGGCAGUUCGGCGGUUCGAAUCCCUAGUACAGGUCUCCUGCCUGAGCAGGGGGUUGGACUAGAUGACCUCCAAAGUCCCUUCCAACUCUGUUACUGUUAUAGAGCUAAGGAGUUUGGCUUGAACCUAAAGACCGGCCUCCUUCCAAGCCCUCCCAAAUGAUUCCAAUCUCCUGAUUUUCGGAGCAUAACAGGGUUAAGGCCGCACUCUCUCUCCCCCAGUGGCCACUUUCUCCUUGACGUUCAGGAUUCUAGCAAUGCUGCGGGCAGGGUCGGUCCUGCAGUGAUAUCGGCAGCACUUGUAACUUUCUCCCUGGAUGGAAACGCCAUUUUUUUUUUCAGCCAUGAUAUGCAGGGUUUGUCCGUGGAGGGAGGCGCAGUGGCUGGAAACUGCUAAAAAAAACCAUCUCCAAGCCAGCAAGUUAAAACUCCGUGACCCAACUAACCUUUGCAACGAUCCACGGAAUGUUUUAAUUCACACUCUGGUUUCAAACCCAAUUUGGGUACUUCUGCCCCCCCCCUUGGGGCAGUGCAAAAACCAGGAAUAAGACAGAGGCCAGUGGCUGGCAGAUGUUUCUCUGUGUCGUCCUCCCUCUUUGCUCUUUCUUCUCACAGCUGGCUCGGUCUGAUGGAGAAGUAGACACGGGUGAGCGGUUGGUGGAAGAAAUGGAGGGGAAGGGAAGGGCC